UGUCAUUGAAAUGCAAUGCGAAGUCAACAAGAAUUGAAUCGUUGGUAUAUCUGUCGAGGCGCUGAUACUGACCCGCUUAAAAUAAACUUUCAUAACAUCAUUGGUUCAAAGAAAGAAAAUGAAAGUUUCACUUUUGACGGUUUUAGUUUCACCAGGUGUACGUUGAUUAUGAAUGAACUUUAUUAACGCACUAAAACCACUCAAUCAUUUAAUUCGAGUUUGUACCCGAUCUCUCGCCUUACUUAUCGAAGAAGAAACAUACUCAAGUCCUCGGUGCAAGGUCAUGAUCAUGGCGAAUCAAGCAAACAACACAACUACAACCCCGCUAAACAGUUCGCAAAUAGCUUCCCACGAGCAAGCAACCGUGCUUAUACUGAAAGUAGUUGAGGCAGCGUUGUAUGGUAUUAUUGCUGUCAUCUCAAUCGUUGGAAAUAGCUUCCUCAUUCUUGCUUACAGAAGAAACAUUACUGGUCAGAUGCGAUCUGUUUAUAAUCUAUUAGUAGCAAGUAUUGGAGCAAGUGAUCUCUUGUUAGCCAUAUGGAGUAUUCCGGAGAGGAUGACUCGAGUGAUAAUGGACGAUGCUUGGCUUAUCGACGGAGUAAUGGGAGUAAUUUUGUGCAAGGUUGUUAACUUUGUAGAAAAGCUCUCUAUAACAGUAUCCUUUCUUCAUCUUGGAGCCCUCGCAUUCGACAGGUUUCUUGUUGUAUUCUACCCGUGUCGGUCAAUGGUUUCCAUGAAAUCUUCCAAAAUAACAGUGGCCGUUAUUUGGUUAUCCUCGCUAAUUUAUUGGGGGCCAAUUCUAUACUUUGGCGGAUUAAGAUUAAAGAAGGGUGCAUUGUCAUGCGCAGUAAGGAAAUUCACUCCAAACUGGGAAUACUGGUACUUGCCAUUCGUCAUUUUAUUGUUUGGCAGUCUAUUUGUUAUUCUAAUUCUCUACAUACUUGUAGCAUUCAAACUUUGGCUUCGAAAGCUCCCUGGAAAUCAGACUUAUUGCAUAAACAAACGCGUUCACAGGUCUAAGCGACGUAUGGCUAAAAUGGUAUCUGUGAUUGUAUUUGCAUUUUACGUGUGUUUUCUKCCCUACGGUGUUGGCUGGGUUGGCUGUUCGUACCUGGAGUAUAGACCCAAGUCAAUCUGCAAUCCUUGGUACAAGUUUGUUAAUAUUCUUGUGUUACAUUUCAACUGUGCGAUAAAUCCCAUUAUCUGUCUCGUGUUUAAYUUACAAUAUCGACUCGAGUGGAAACUUGCAAUUGGGGAUCCGUUUGGACUACGAGUGAAGCUAUCACGAAUGAGUUACCGAAGACGAAAGAGUUCAACAACUACUGAAGCUAUGAUGACCAUCAAUUGCAGCUCGAACGCUGAUCCAAAUAGAGUCUAAAGCCUACAAAAAAAAUUGGUGCAUUAUGUUCGGCACGAAAGCUCGACGUUUGAAUCAUCCUCGAGCUUUYGCCAUGCACCACGACUGACUGCGGAUUUCUACGUGGAGCUGCUGAUGUGYUAAAUUAAAACAGUUUAGUUCGACGCCGAUAACACGAUAACACGAGUAUGUACAUCGUUAGUUACUCAAAACAUACACUAAACAAAGUUAUAUACAUCUAGGAUUGCUACUUUUAAAAAUAGAUUAAUAAACUGAACAAAAAUACUUGCAGAAUAAAAUGAAUUUAAUUAAGUCAAAUAGAGUAAUGCUGUUUGGAACUCAUGGUGCUUCUG